AUGACUGAAAAGAAAAAAGCUCUCGUGUUGAUAGCAGAUGGCAGUGAAGAAAUAGAAGUGGUAGUUACUGUUGAUGUUUUAAGACGUGCUCAGAUAGAGGUGGAUGUUGUUGGUGUAAAAUUGAAAAGUUCUAAUUUUGCAAAGUGUAGUCGAGAUGUGAAGCUUGUACCAGAUAACGAUUUUGCCAAAUUAACCAACUCUGAUGCCUACGAUAUUAUUAUUAUUCCUGGUGGAACGGCUGGAGCAAAUACUCUUUCAUCAAAUACUGAUGUGCAAAAUUUAUUAUCAUCAUUUCAUAAGUCAGGAAAAUUUGUUUCUGCAAUUUGCGCAGGUCCAUUGGCAAUCAAGUCAGCCAACAUUAAUAAAGGUGGCAAGAUCACUUCUUAUCCUAGUAUAAAAGCUGAUUUGGAAAAUGAUUAUAAAUAUUCGGAAGAUCGUGUAGUUGUUGACAAUCGUCCUGGUAGUACAUUCCUAUUUGCAUUAACCAUUAUUGAGCAACUUUUGGGUAAAAAGAAACGCGAUGAAGUCUCUCAACCGUUGGCUCUUCCACCUACUUUAUAA